UUGUAUGCUAAUGUUCAACAGAAGAAUCGGACUAAACGCAAAACAUGCGAGGCACUGAACCACAAGUUUGAUGUUGAAGUCCCACAGAUGCGACACCUGUCAAUAAUAAUAUGAAGGGGAAACUAGAUCUUGCUUUUCUGUCUCCUUCUCUAAUGUGUGUGUAUAUAUAUGUCCAUAGAUUUUUCAUCACAAACAUUCUACGUACAUACACACAUACAUUCUCUCGGUUAUUUUACAGUGGAAUUAAAGGAGAUCAUAGCGUGAAACUAGAAUGCAGGCUGUCAAGGAAAAACUCCACGACAUGAGCGCAAUGCGCAAGGCCAAGGCAGACGCCAAGGCCGAGGAAAAGGGCGAGAAAGAAUUGGCAAAAGCAAGGGUGGAAAUUGCUCAUGAGGUUCGAAUGGCGAGGGAGGCUGAAGCCGAAAUGGAGCUUCAUGUCGCAAAGGCUGGGGAGAAGGCUCACAAGGAAAUUGCAAAACACAAUGACACUGGUGCUACCGGAGCUCCCUCUACCACCACCACUCCCACAGGAUCAAUUAUAUAACCUGCUAGCUUCAAAUUUGUCAGUGCUACUGAAUUCAUUAUUGUAAUCCCAUCCCAUGCGCGAUUAAUGUACAUCUUGUUUGCUAUAUGUAAAUCUAUAGAUUUAUGUACUUCAAAAUCAAUAAUAGUAGUCUAUUUUUGAAUGGAUUAA